AUGGUUCUUACAAAACAUUUGUCUCCAAUCUAUUGGGCCGAUAAGCUUUUAACCUUGACCUUGGAAUUAAUUUUAACUACUUUAUUAUGCUUGGUAUCUCUUGUUGAAGGAAAAGGAUUUAAAGUUCCAGAUAAAGUAACCGUAAAAAAAGUAUCCACCCAUGAAAAGCAUGCUAAAAAAAAUAUUCAAUCAAAGAAACUGCAAAAGAACAGUGAAAUUCCAGAGCCUAUCAAGGAUUCUGUCCCAACUAUGACACACCUCACCUCAGUGUCUAAACCAGAGAAUAUUAUCAUCACUGGAACCCUCUCUGAAUUAAAACCAGAUAGCGAAACAUCCGUUUCAAGUGAACCAAUUACACGAGAUAUUAAAGUAACAGAGAAAGUCCUUAAAGACGGCAUCACUACCACUAUCGAGGAAAAAAAAAAUUUAUUUAAAACAAAUGAGUUAGAUAUAGUACCUAUUGAAUUCCAUUGGCAACAUGGCGGAAACCGAGUUUUCGUUACUGGCGAUUUUGAUAACUGGCAAGCAACUGCUUAUGAAAUGCAUUUUUCACCUAAGUCAAAUGACUUUGUUGCUGUUGUCAAUAUUGAUCGCACUAAACAUCAUGAAUUUAAAUUUGUGGUUGAUGGAAACUGGAGACAUAAUGAAAAUUUACCUAUCCGUCAUGAUGAACAUGGUAAUAUAAACAAUAUAAUCUACGCAUUUCCAUCCGGUCCAUUGGGCCCAGAAUUCAAGGAAUAUAUUACUGCACCCUUUAUGCCUCAACUUACUGCUGUUGCAUAUUAA